AUGGAGGGAGGGAGUAGAAAUGGAUCAACAUCUUUCUCAAGUAAAUGUACUCUUUUAGUCCACAGGAAUCUCUGCUGUUUUUCCUCUCAAGCUUUUGUGAAGCUGUCAAAACCAGGAUCAAUGAUGAUGGAUUCCUGUGAUUGCUUCGAGACGCAAUGGCCUGCUGACGAGCUUUUGGUCAAGUAUCAGUACAUAUCUGAUUUCUUCAUAGCCUUCGCCUACUUCUCCAUUCCAUUAGAACUCAUAUAUUUCGUUCAGAAAUCAGCAUUCUUCCCGUAUAGAUGGGUCCUUAUGCAGUUCGGUGCUUUCAUUGUUCUAUGUGGAGCGACUCAUUUCAUAAAUCUCUGGACAUUUUCGUCCCACUCCAAAACCGUUGCUAUCGUAAUGACUGUAGCCAAACUCUCUACAGCUUUUGUGUCAUGUGUCACUGCUUUGAUGCUUGUUCACAUUAUCCCCGAUCUACUGAGUGUAAAAACAAGAGAAUUGUUCUUAAAGCAAAGAGCUGAAGAUCUGGAUCGCGAAAUGGGAUUAAUCAUUAAGCAAGAAGAAACCGGAAGACACGUUAGAAUGCUAACACAUGAAAUCAGAAGCACACUCGAUAGGCACACCAUAUUGAAAACUACUCUGAUUGAGCUUGGUAGGAAUUUGGAUCUUGAAGAAUGUGUUCUCUGGAUGCCAUCAAGAAAAGGCAUGAUCCUUCAGCUUUCUCACUCUUUACACAAUCUAAUACCAUUGGCUUCCACAGUUCCAAUUAAUCUCCCGAUAAUCACAGAAGUGUUCAAUAGCGCUGAAGCCAUAAGAAUCCCUCAUAACUGUCCAUUAGCACGAAUCAGAACCCCUGUUGGAAGUUACAUCCCACCUGAAGUGGUUGCUGUUCGUGUCCCUCUCUUACACCUCUCUAAUUUUGAAAUCGACAACUGGCCUGAUCACUCUGCAAAAAGCUACGCUGUCAUGGUUUUGAUUCUUCCUUUAAAUGGUGUAAGAAAAUGGCGUGACCAUGAACUUGAACUUGUAACCGUGGUUGCUGAUCAAGUCGCUGUGGCUCUUUCUCAUGCCUCCAUUCUAGAAGAAUCCAUGCGGGCCCGUGGUCAGCUCAUGGAUCAAAACUUUGCUUUGAAAGUGGCUCGACAAGAAGCUGAGAUGGCAAUCCAUGCACGUAAUGAUUUCCUUGCUGUGAUGAAUCAUGAGAUGAGAACACCAAUGCAUGCAAUCAUAGCAUUAUCUUCGCUUUUAUUAGAAACCGAGCUUACACCUGAUCAAAGGGCAAUGAUAGAGACGAUUCUCAAGAGUAGCAAUCUUCUAGCAACACUGGUAAAUGACGUUCUUGACCUUUCUAGGUUGGAAGAUGGGAGCCUAGAGCUUGAAAGUGAAGUGUUUAAUCUUCAUGGUUUGUUGAGAGAGGUUGUGAGGUUGAUAAAUCCAAUUGCGUCUGUGAAAAACACAUCCAUGACAUUGAAUUGUGAUGUUGAUUUACCUAAUUUUGGUGUUGGUGAUGAGAAAAGACUUAUGCAGAUCAUCUUAAAUGUUGUUGGGAAUGCAGUUAAGUUUACAAAAGGAGGUCAUGUCUCGAUUCAAGCCUCUGUUUUGAAUCCAGAGUAUUUACAAGAAUGGCAAACUCCUGAAUUCUGCCCUACUUUCACCCAGGGUCUCUUCUACCUUCUUGUACAGGUGAAGGAUUCUGGGAGUGGAAUUAAACAACAAGACAUUCCACACGUUUUUACAAAAUUUUCAGAGCCUCGAAGCGCGUCCAACCGAAGCGGUGGUGGUGCGGGUCUUGGACUUGCAAUCUGCAAAAGGUUUGUGGAUAUGAUGGGAGGUCAUAUAUGGAUAGAGAGUGGAGGGUUAGGGAAGGGUACAACGGUGGCGUUUCUAGUGAAAGUGGGUGAGUGCAAUUACCAAAAUGACCUUUCGAUUGUCCGACCUAAAGCAAGAGCAAGACCCCAUCAAGGGAGUGGUGAACUCAUUAAACAUAGAGGAGAUGAAUCCUACAGAGGAGGGACUGCUUCUUUCCAUGCACACGAUCAUAACAGUUUCUAGCUUAAAAAAAAAAAAAAAAAAACUAUUUUUGUAUUGCAUGAUAUUAAUAGCCAAAAAAUGAAUGGUAACCCCAGAUCUAAAUUACCAUCCAUCUUGUAGUUGUG